UUACAAGAAAUCUUGAGAACAAGAUGUGAGCCUGUUCACGUGGUAAAUGGGUUGGAUUGGUUCGCUAGGUGAAUAAACCCGAAAAUGAAUCUUAAUGAAAUUGAAAUAGAAUGCAGCCUUUUCUGGCUGGUUUCUCCAUAUUGCCUAGUUUAAAGCAUAUUAAGUCCUUAACUCAUGGUUUAUUUAGUAAAUAUUAGGUAGUAAAAAAUUAUUAAAAUUCUGUGUAAUAUUCCAAUCCAAUCCCCUUCUUCUCGUCCCAGUGAUACAAUUGUUUUCUUUCAUACAGUUCUUUCAGAAUCUUUAGAAUGGUGAGUCUCUGUUCAAAUUGUUAGACUGCAUAAAGGCCUCAUUUAAGCUGUUUGAAAUAACCCUUAUACUCUGACAUCAGAGACAACCAAUUUCCCCAAAUUACUUCAACCUAGGGGAACUUAAGGGAUAGAAAUUGCUGUUUCAUGAAAGAUACCUGAAGGAACUGAAACUACAUCCAGGAAACUGACUCGUACGCCACAUGCACUUGCGAAACCAACCCUCAAGACCAUAUUUAGACGGAGUGAGCUCUUAUUUUGAACAAGACUUAGUUGGAGGACAAAAUGGAAGGAUUGGAGGACUAUGUCGACUACUUGGAUUACACUCCAGGCAAUGAAACUGCAGAGCCUUCAGGAACUUUAGGAGACAACACAUCCUUUUGGAAAUACAGUAGUUUGAUAAUCAACAUCCUCAUUGCCCUGGUCGGCCUCAGUGGAAAUUCUGUGGUCAUUUGGAUUUCGGGCUGGAAAAUGAAAAGAUCUGUUAAUACUACCUUCUAUCUCAGCCUGGCCAUUUCAGAUUUCUUGUUCUGUGCCUGUCUGCCGAUGGAGAUAUUCUAUGUGAUGACCUCGAAUUGGCCCUUUGGACUGGCGUUAUGUAAGCUCACCUCCUCUGCACUGUUUUUCAACAUGUUCAGCAGCGUCUUUGUACUGAUGCUGAUCAGCAUUGACCGCUGUGUGAUAGCAAUGUUUCCAGCGUGGUCCCAGAACCACAGGACAAUCAAGAUGGCAUCCAGUGUACUAGUCAUCACAUGGAUCCUUUCUGCUACCAUGACUUUGCCUUCACUGCUCCACAGAAACACCAGAGUCCUCGGUAAUGUCACACAGUGCUAUGUCCAUUCUGGGUCCAUCGCUGCAGGCAAAGCAGUGGUGCUGACCCGAUUCAUCUUCGGAUUCCUCAUUCCUUUUGUGAUCAUUGUAAGCUGCAGCAUCAUCUUGUGUAUAAAGCUUAGAAGAUUAACCAUCAAAACCACUAAGCCCUAUAAGGUCAUGGUCAUACUCAUCUUGACCUUUUUCAUCUGUUGGAUUCCCUUUCAUAUAUUUGUUCUUCUUGAAUUAAACAUACAUAAGCACAACGUGUAUGUAGUCGAAACAGGAUUGGUUGUGGCAGUAACUUUAGCUGCGGCGAAUAGCCUGAUCAAUCCAUUUUUGUACGUGUUUAUUGGUAAGGAAUUUAAACAAACCCUUAGGAAAUCUAUAAUAGGGAGGAUGGAGUAUGCGAUGGACGAGGACGGUCGGACAGCAAGUAUUAUCCAAGGAUUCAAGUCAAUGGCUAAUGACGGACAGAUUUCAAAAGUGUUUGUUCACAAUGUUCUUUGAGUUUGUCAGAAUUUUAGUUAGAAAAUGCAUUUGUUCAUUUUUGUUCAUUUUAGUACACAUGUUACAAUUGUGAAUUAUAUCAGCUCUCCCAUAACCGUCCCAAACUUUGCAUUAGUAUGAAAGACAGCCAUGAGCUUGUGGAUAAACACAAUACUCAAACAAAUAUAGAUCAAAUUUUUUUUUCUUGAUUUUAAAUAACCAAGUUGAAUGAUGAAUCCAACUAUUUCAGCUAUAUUUUCUAUGAGGGAGCAUUGGGUCCUACUAUAUUUGAUGUUCAUUCAAGUUUACGUCUGGGAAAAACGGAAUCGGUAUAUUUUCCUUACGAGGGCUUUUGUAUGCAUACAACAAUAAUAAACUAUAUUCAUAAACGUGUUUGAAUGUAUGAUAGAUUCAUGUAUAAGAGACCAAACAGAAGAAUCUUAAACUUAAUAUAGAAAAAAACAAUGUUUGCAAUUUGAAAGUUAUGUGGUAGAUACAUUGCGUUAUAAUUUCUUGUCCACUUCCUCGUGUUGGGUCAAUGCAACAUUUGUCAGCUUUUAUUUUGUAAAAGUGACCCGUACCGAAAUUCAAAUGAGUUAGCCUUUUAAUAAUACUUUUCAACUUUGAUCAAAUCUUCAUCUAAAUAUAUUCAUAGGAAUAAUCCAUUUGCUCUUAAAGUAGGCAAGAUACACAAGAAUAUAAAUGUUGCUUAUUUUAUUGAACAUUGAAUUUGCCAUAGAGCUAGAUACGACAAUGCAGGGAGGGAGGAAGGAAGUAUUUCAGGCGUGAUCGUUUUACUCUUCAGCUCUUUUUAACACCUUCAACAUUGCAUCACCAAUUAAAAGCAAAACUAUAUUUCAAAUGUUUGCUAGUUCUUCGUUCUCGACAUCCAACCGCCUUUUUCAAGUAAGGCUUGACUUUUUAACCAUUAACCCCAUCUGUGUUUACAUUGU